ACUUCCGCAAUAAACAGAUUUUGUUGUUUCUUGUAUCUACGGACUGUAAUGUAUGGCAUUGCUUUGUAUCUUUAUACGAGUGUGUGGGAUGUGCAGAUAGUUUUACCUUUAAUUUAUAUACAUGUUUCUUAGCCCACCUUCGACGUUUGCAGGUGCAGUGUGGGUAAGGAGCUGAAUUUGCCAUGACUGCUCUUGUGAUGGACCAGGGGAAGACUUCUUCAGAUAGGUUGGCUGUUCCCAGUGUAGCUAGGGAACACUUUCAGAAUUCCUAAGAGGAGGUUUCCUGCCAGUGGCGCUGGCGUAGAGAUGGAGUCUCCACUUUCCCGCCUCCCGGAGUCCAGCAGCCUCAAGCAGGUACAAUGGGGCCGGUUGUCUCAGGGUCGCAGGAGGUCGAGAGGACUGGGUCAGCUGGAUGGUACCAGAUCCUCAGACGUCAGCCAGAUGUCUAACGCCAGCAGAAUGGACAGGGUAGCACUUCUGGGUGUCCUGAAGGUGGCCCCCCCACAGGAAAUGCAUAGCGAGGCUGUACGGUUACAUGUGAGCAGCUUGCAGAGUGAUCCUGUUACCCGGCACAAGCGGACGGCACCCCAACCCUGUUCAGACACCUGGGUGCAGACGUCGGCACGCCGGCCUCUCCCUCCUCGUCCUCAGUCUUCUCCGCUGAAAAGGUUCCGGCCCAAAAGGGCAUCAGACACGUUGUGCCAGGAUGAGAACCUGCAGGGGGCUUCCUCCUCGCCCGAGGGGAGAAGAAGCAAUGUGGGACUGAGAGGUUCUCUCCAGCUGGAACAAGAACGAGAAGUGGGGGAGAAGAUGAUAUUAGAAUACAGUGGCUCCUCGCCUGGAGAAUUGAAGAGAUCCUUUCCUUCUGAUGGAAUCAAGGAGGAAGAGAGAGACAGAAGGGCUAUUUUGGGGCCCAAGAUGAAAGUAGAGGACACAGGGGUCACAGUGGAGUCUUCGAACCCCACUGGGCUGCCCAGGUCAAGUGCCCCACACCACCCCAGCCGGACGAGGGGCAAAGAGUCUGUGGAUAAGCGGGUUUCCCUGGCAGCACCUGCAGGCUCGGUGGCAGGCAGUGAAGUGGCCUUGCUGCUGCGAAAGGACCCGAAGCGUGUCAGCGGUGCCUCCCAGAGACAUAGACUCCAGGUGGAGAAGGUGGUCCCUCCCAUCCGGCCUAGAAAACCUUCACUGAGGCCCACUGAGCCAAUUGUGCUGUCCAGCGAUGAGGAGGAGGUGGAGAAAGAUGGGCGGAGUCAGCGGCAUGGGAUCUCGCGGAGUCGGAGCGCGGCAGCAUCCAAGGAUGAGCUCGCUGCUGAGAAGGGCGCGGGGGCACAGACAGAGAAGAGGGACAAGCGGCAGGAGGCUGAGUCCAGGACAUCGGCUUCAGGUCUGAGAGCAGGAGGGCCGACAGGAAGCAGCGAAAACUACAGUGAGGAGUCCUCACUGGUGGAGCUGCAGUUCUUGACUCUGCAUGCAGGGGGAGCAGUGGUUGAAGCUAAUGGAAACAUCAUGGUCACAGCGGACUGCCUAAUUGUAACUGUGAAAGAUCCCUCGAGUGAGGCAGUGGCAUCGCUGGCCCUCGUGCCCUCGGAGCUACGUGGGUAUGGUGCAUGGGCCGGGCAGCCCAGUGCCCUCCUCCUCUUCCUGUGGGUGUCCGAAGCGCAGGCGAGGCUUGUCCAGCGGGAGCUGACGGCGGUGAGGCCCCUUGUGCGGCCAGAGCAAGCCUGUCCAUUUUUGCUCCUCACGCUGAAGGAGUCUGCUGAUGGCCUGCAGGGGGCUCUGUUGGCCUCUCUGUUGGACGUGAUGGGCCAGCGUUGUGCGAGGCUGACUGUGAGGCUCGCUCUCUCCCGGGAUCGGGCCGUCGCCCUGGUGCAGAGCUCUUCCUGGUCCAAAACGCUGCUCCCUCUCCUGGAAAGCAAGUCCUCCCCUGCCUUAGACAAACAGGACCAGGUUGAGUUAACUUCGUGGUGUCCUCAGCUUGGGGGUCUGACCCGGCGCAGUCUAAGGCGAGCGGGCAUUUCCGCGAGCCAAGAACUCAGCCCAUCGCGCAGGUUGAUUCAAUAUCCCCCGCCUCCGUCCAAAGGGGGAAUCACAGUAAGGAUGGAAGACCUGGACUGUUUGAACAGCGGCGAGUUCCUGAAUGACGUUGUCAUUGAUUUCUACCUGAAGUUCCUGAUGCAGGAGAAGGUUCCCAAGGGGAUGGCUGAGCGAUCACACAUCUUCAGCAGCUUCUUCUACAAGCAGCUCACACGGCGAGGCGGUGCUGGGGAGGAGCAGGCCGGUGUCUCGCCUAAGCGCAGACGACACCACAGGGUUAGAACCUGGACCCGUAAUGUGGACAUUUUUAAUAAGGACUUCCUGUUUUUGCCUGUCAAUCAAGAGGCUCACUGGUAUCUGGUGGUGAUCUGCUUCCCCUGGCUGGAAUCCCCCGUGCGUGAGGAUUGGGGAAUCCAAUCUGCCCAUGGGAACAGCGGUGUGGAGAAGAACAGGCGCUUCCAGGCUGGGGGCCCGGCCACCGAUGACGGAAAGGAGACCGCGGAGUCCAACUCUGCUGACGUCAGACGGGGGGGAGAGACGUGUAAAGGUGGUCCGGAGGCAGGUCCGCACGUGGCACGGGCGACACCCAGCAGUCUGCCGGAAUGUACGCAACUGGGAUGUCAGAGGAAAACCGUCUGCAAGAGGCCCUGCAUCCUGAUCAUGGACUCCCUGAAGCUGUCCCGGCACGAGCAGAUCUUCACACUCUUACGAGAGUACCUGGAGGUAGAGUGGGAAGUGCGGCGGGGGACUGCUCACGGGUUCACUGCAGAGCGGGUGCUCGGGUCUCACUGCAGGGUCCCCCUGCAGGACAACAGCAGUGACUGCGGACUCUACCUGCUGCAGUAUGCUGAGAGCUUCCUGCAGGUAGCUGCCCACCCUCCCAUUGCACCUGACCCAUUCACAGUCGAGCAUGUAUAGGCUACGACUUUUCAAUCACACGCUCACAGGAUGUUUUCAU